GCGCGCCAGCACGUGGCAGAUGGGCGUCGUCGCGAUACCGACGGUCCCGUCCGUCGCCGCACACCCCACAGGACGCGUGUCCAUCCGCCCCGCGCGGUCCCGCGCCUCGGUCGCUCCGCCCAGAGCGCUUCCCCCGGCGAACGAGAUCGCCGGCUUCGUCAUCGGCGCGGGCCUCAUCGGGCUCGUGUUCGCGGCGUCAAGGCUGGACGGGGUGAUCGCGGACGCUCAGGUUCGGGGGUUCGAGCGGGAUAAGGACGAACGAUGGAAGAAGACGACGAAGAGCGUGGAGGGCGGCGGGAACAUCUUCAUCCUCCCGGACGACGAAGAAGAGUAGGAAGCGAAGCGAUAGGUUUUAGGUCAUAUUAGAUGUUGCAAGGCGAGAGGCGGUCGCGCGACCGCCGCGUUUAAUC